CAAGGCAGGGCCAGGCAUUUAAAUAUACACUCCUUCCCCUUCUACAACUCGAAGAUUACGUAUAUUUAAUUAAGGUAUUUUAAGGUCAAUAUACAGAAUUUUAUCAAUAUAAUACAACGGGGUUGUUGUAGGUGCAAGAUAAUGUUUUUCAUGCCCUGUCCAGGAUUCGAACCUGGAUCUCUCGUUUACGAGUGUCAUAGCCAUUAGACUAACAAGGCGUAAUAAUUAUGUAAUUUUGUUAAUUAAAUAUACUUAAAUAUUUACACUUGUGUCUAAUAAAGUAAGUAAUAUUGAUCAUUAUCCAUCAGUUUUUGACCUUUCGUAUUAAAGGAUCGUGUGUUUCAGGCUUAAUCCCGAAGUUUGAGGUGAAAUCAAGUAAGUUUAUUAAAACAAUUUUCCAGCAUGCAAAGGAACGAAUAUUAUCAGAACAAACUACCACUUUAUUCUUUAUUAUUCCAUGAAAUUAACGAGUCAAGAAAUUAACGCAAAUUACAUUUAAUUAACGCGAAUUUGAGAAUAUGCUAAAUCACACGGAGCGAAAAUUACGGUAACAGGCGAUUUUAUUUAUUGUAAAAAAAGUCGGCAAUUUACAGUAUUUUAAUCAACGAGUCAUGAAAUUAAAAGUCUUUAAAUUAACACGAAUUUUGACAAACCGGUUUACACGCUUUUUUUAUAAGAAUAUUGUUUUUUCGUUUCAGCCUCAGUAUCCUUAGCUUUUUGACAAAUCUCAGUUGAGCCUGGGUAUAUUCUUAGGAUAUUUCUAAUUUUAACCCAUUUCUCAGCCUCGAUAUUCUUAUAAUUAUAUUCUUAUAAAAAAGCGUGUAAAAUCAUAACUGGGUAAUUUCAUGGAAUAAGGUAAUUACGCACAUUAUAUGCAGAAUCUUGGAACAAAAACGCAAGACACAAAUAAUAUGACAAAACGCAAAUUGUUUUAUAAUAGCUUAAUAAAGAAUUUUAUAACCUAAAGUUAUGCUUGCAAGACACAAAUAUAGGUGUUGGUGGUUUGAAUUGAUGACAGAUUUUAAGUCAUCAAUAUACAAAAGAAAAAGCAGGGGCCCAACACAAAUCCCUGCGGCAAAGAACAAAACAAAUCAGAAGAUGCUACAAAACGUUACGAAGGAUUUUUCUUAUGCGAAUUGGAUGGCAAAUUUGCAGGCGAAAUGUAUUUGAGCAUGCACAUUUUUAUUUGUGUUAUUUUGCUUCGAAAAGUUUGCUUAACUGAAAAGUAGAAACAAGGUUCUUUUUUCAUGUAAAUAUACAUCCUAACAAAGUUUUAUCCUAACAUAGAAAAAAUAACAAAAGAAGUCUUAAUUCAAAAUAUAUAUAUACUCAAUAAAAUGCAUAACUAUAAAUUCAAAUAAAAGCUCAAUGUUGUUCAAUGUUUAUAUAUAUUUGAAGAUUUUCUAUGUUUCUAUGUUAUUUUUUCUGUUAUUAUAUAGAUGUUUGAAGAUUUUCAGGACAUGUUAAUGAUUGCACAAGAACCACUCCUUAGAAAUUAAAAAAAAUUGUUACUAGAAAAUAUGGAUGUUGGUGUUAAUCCUGAUAUAUAUAUAUAGAAAUAAUUUCAGUUUCUAUAACAUGACUCGCACUAGUGUAUAAAAUUAAUUUGAAGACACAUGAUCCUGUUGCUGUAUUAGCGAAAGAGUAGUCUGUUUGGAACGCCAAAUAGUCUAUGGGUCUACAUUUUGUUUAGAAUCCGACGACUACAAAUUUAUAUACAUGUUAAACAAAAAUUGCAUCCAGCACCGUGUUGCCCCAGUGGUAGCUAAAUAUUUACUCCUCUGGGUGUUUGGUGAUGCCUCUUAAUUUCUAGCUAGCUCCACAAUCAUAUGACUCUCCUCCCCCUGCCCUCUCCCCAACACUUCUCUGUCAUCCAAUCUUGAAAAAAAUUACCUUUGGUGUCGGUAACAUGUGACCAUGUCAAUGUCUAUAUAAAUAUUGACAGGAAGUAUUUAGAGAGUAAUGAACAUUGAACUGUUGUAUUUAUUGUUUAUUGUUUGUUUUCAGAUUCAACAUUGCAUACUAAUAAAUAAGCAAAUGGUUUCAUUCCUAUCUAUGUUGAAUCUUUUAAUCUUCAAGUGAAACGCCUCGACAUGCCAUCAGUUAGUUGUCCAGUGCCUGGCUGCACCUACACCACGCCAGACCUCGAUGCUGUCAUCAUUGCUGCACUACUGACAACCCAUGCUACCACGCAUUCGAAUCAACCUACAUCGGUAUCACCCACGGCCAAGAUUGAACGAGUGAGACGUCCCACUGUUACUUUAGCCGGAACCUCUGAGGAUUGGAAAUACUUCCUGACCCGCUGGAUUGAGUACAAGACCGCUACCAAAAUCACAGGUAGAGAUGCUGUUCUCCAACUCCUUGAAUGCUGUGACGAGCAGUUGCGCAGAUACCUCACCCGAUCCACCACUGGCAUGUUGGCCGAAAAAAGUGAGGAUGUCAUCCUUGCUUCAAUGAAAUCACUCGCUGUCAGGGAGGAAAACGUUAUGGUUGCACGAGUUGCCUUAAACAAUAUGAAUCAAGAUCCUGAUGAGCCAAUAAGAUUGUUUGGGGCUAGAUUGAAAGGUCAAGCUGGUGUAUGUAAAUAUGUUAUUCCCUGCCCCUCGUGCAGCCACGACGUGGACUAUACCGAACAAAUAUUAUGUGAUGUUCUUGGUCGUGGUAUCUCCGACCCUGAUAUUCAGCUGGAGCUUCUUGGACAUACGAACCAGGACAUGUGUUUGGAAGAAGUGCUCAAAUUCGUUGAAACAAAGGAGGCAGGGAAACGUUCUGCAACACGCCUCAUCGAUCACCACCAGGCUGGUGCCAUCCAUAGCCAGUACAGAAGGGGUAAACGAGACUCCUUCAAUAAGCCAAAAGAAGACAAUGACACCAACCGUGAUACCAAACGCGAUUCUGGUUCAAAAUGUGGGUACUGCGGAACAAACUGCCACAGCACUAGCGCACCACGAUCCCGUCAAUCCACAUGUCCUGCAUAUAAUCACAAGUGUGGGAAUUGCCAACGUCUGCAUCAUUUUGAUCACGUGUGUAGGAGCGAAGAUCGAAAAAACAAGGAGAGAAAGCCUGGUAAUGCUGCAGUUGUCGAGGAAUCCAGCACGAUAUUCAACUCACUAUGCUCAUUGAACACAGCAUCUGCGGAUCAUGUUGAUCACCACUGCCACAACAAAUCUAAAGAUGUUUGGAAGAAAAGUCCAUCUCCUCCACAACCGUUUCUCGAUUUGUCCGUGCGUAUCGUGGAAGAUGACUACAGCGAGCUGGGUUUUAAAUUUCCACAUGGUACUAACGAGUCAACUAUCACCAUACCGGCAAUGGCAGACACCGGCUGCCAAAGUUGUCUCAUUGGUUACAAAUGGAUUCAGCGAUUCAACCUUUCUAAAAGUGAUCUCAUCCCGGUCCGAAUGAAAAUGGACGCCGCCAAUGGACAAUCUAUCAAAAUAUUAGGGGCUAUCGUCAUCCGCAUCGCUGGUAUCAAUUGCCACGGGUCACUACAAGAAACGAAGCAGUUUACGUAUGUGACUAACGACUCUGACAAGUUUUACCUCAGUAAGAGUGCCUGUGUAGAUCUUGGCAUUGUAUCACCUGAAUUCCCUAUGAUUGGUGCGAAUACCAUCACUGUACCUGAUCCAACUAAUGAGUGUUCAUGUCCAAAACGAUCAGCACCGCCACCACUUCCUACCGAACUGCCAUAUCCACCAACAGAGGAGAACCGGGAAAGAUUGGAGCAAUGGCUUCUUAACUAUUAUAAAAGCAGCACCUUCAAUGUAUGCGAACAUCAACCUCUGCCAUUGAUGUCCGGGCCACCCAUGAAGCUGAUGAUCGAUGAGAAUGCUGAGCCGACUACACAUCAUUCGCCAAUACCUGUACCGAUCCACUGGCAAGAACAAGUAAAAGCCGACCUAGACCGCGAUGUAGCUCUUGGAGUUAUUGAACCAGUGCCCAUUGGUGAACCCGUGACAUGGUGCCACAGAAUGGUAGUGUGUCCAAAAAAGAGUGGCAAACCGAGACGCUGUGUUGACUUUCAGGCUCUUAAUAAACACGCUACCAGAGAAACUCACCACACACAAUCACCAUUCCAUCAGGUUCGCACGGUACCCCACCACACCAAGAAGACCGUAUCAGAUGCUUGGAAUGGGUACCAUAGCGUUCCUCUUUGCAAGGAAGAUCGCCACUAUACAACUUACAUCACACCGUGGGGUCGCUACAGGUAUUGUACCCUACCUCAGGGCUACAUUACAUCUGGAGAUGGUUAUUCUCGAAGGUUUGACGCCAUUGUAUCAGACUUUCCCGACAAAAUCAAGGUAACCGAUGACUCUCUUUUAUGGGCUACCGAUAUCGAGAAAUGUUUCUUCCACACUUGCAAAUGGUUGGACACUUGCGGGAAAAACGGAAUUAUUCAAAAUCCCUCAAAGUUCAAAUUUGCCCAUGAUGUGGUGGAGUUUGCUGGGUUUGAAGUUACCCCUACCAAUGUCCGUCCAGCACCAAGCCUUAUGCGAGCCAUUGCCGAUUUUCCUGUACCGCAAAAUAUAACAGACAUCCGUUCCUGGUUCGGUCUGGUCAACCAAGUAGCAUACACAUUCAGUAUGACGGACAAAAUGCUACCCCUACGCGAAUUGCUGAAACCUCAGUCUUCGUUUCAAUGGAGCGAUGAACUCGACGAAAUAUUUGCUGCCUCUAAAUCAAAAAUCUUAAGUGAGAUUGAGGAAGGUGUACGCAUAUUUGACAAGUCAAGGCUCACAUGUAUAGCAACAGACUGGUCAAAGAACGGAGUUGGUUUUUGGCUGCUCCAAAAACAUUGCCUAUGUGAAGGGAAAUCUCUCUUCUGUUGUCGUAGUGGUUGAAAGG